AUGGCGGAUUCAAUGGCCAGAAAAACGGAGGACCUCAAACGACAGUGCAAAAAUAGUUUCUCGGCAGCAGAGGAGUCUUAUCAAGGAGCAAUGUCGGGCUCCAAGAGGCACGCGACAAUGCACAGGAAAUCAGAGGCUCUUGAAAAACUAUGCAAUGCUAGGGUUUGCAUGGUUCCUUACAAUUCGAAGGGUAAUUUUUCGGUUUGGCCAAAGGACCCGGCGAAGGCCAGAGAAAUCAUCACGGAUUUCAGAAAAUGUUCACACGGAGGAAAGAUGAAAAAGCGUAAAGGAAAAAAGAAGGGGUACGACGAGGAGGGUUUUGAUGAGAAAGAGAAACCAAAGUUGGAUAAGUAUUCGAAGGCUUUAGAGACCCAUAUACAAAUUUUGGAAGAGAAUAUUAAUUCUUUCCAGGGAAAAACAAAAACUAUUCAGCCCAACUUUGCCAAAGAAGAUCAUGGUGAAGAGAGCAUGGCAGAAUUGUUAGAACCAAAUAGUUAUAACUUCAACAACGGCCCAACUUUGCAAGUAUCCGACGAUAAUAAUAUUGAAUUUUCUAAUGGACUUGACACUAAUGGCAUUCGUGGUAACGGUAAACUGCCGAAUACCACUAAUAAUAUCGAAUUUCCUCAUGGAUUUGACAUUAAUGAUAUUUGUGAUAAGGGUAAAUUGUCUAAUACCACCGUGAACAGCCAAGAUUGUCGGAAUCAACACUCUGAAUUAUCUUACGGUAAUGUUAAGUUAGAGCCUGGUUAUAAUGGAGAUUUUGGAUUAGUAGAGCUGGAGAACUUUGGUGGCGUCGAUAAUUAUAAUCCUCCUCCAUUGGGGUCUUUUCCACAAAGCUCCAAAUAUCACGACCUUGGUGCUAAUUUGAUGGUUGAAGAUGGUGCUAUUAAUAAUAGUAGUGUUUCUUCUGCAAGCUUAAGCUGCUGGGUCGACUUGCUGCAAGGAAGAAACAUAUCAUUGAUAUCUCCACUUCAUGAGGCCUUGUUGUGUGGCCUCAGCCUUUGCAAUCGCAGAUGA